UCCAGGAAGUUGCUGCAGCGCACACACAGAAAUGUCGCUGCUAGCUGUCAAACGCUGAACACGUCGCUGUUCACCGACGGACAUUUAAACGGUUAAAAACACAAUAAAAGCACUGCGACCUGCAGGACAAUGGGAUGAAUACAUUUAGACGUCGAGCAUUGGGUUUCAGCGAGUUUAAAGGACUAACGUUGUAUUUGGAGGCUAACUAGCCAACUCUUCAUGACACAUUAACAAGACAACGCAACAAAAACAAAGGGGUUUCAGUGUUUUUCUCGGCUGUUUUAGACACUGUGACUGAACAGCGAUGGAGUGGGACAAUUCUGGGACAUUUGACAAGACUCAAAGUGGUUAACUAAGAAGUUAGCGAUCGGUCUAGAAGUGAAUUUGCAGUGUUUUCGCAUUUUGUUUACAGUAUUGUCAGGGGAUUUUACGGUGUUUGGGUGUUUUCGUUUUCUGGUUUUCGGUUAUUUAUUUCUCUACGAGUGUUUAGUGGUUCCAGGAUGCACGACGCAUACGAACCAGUUCCCAUCUUGGAGAAACUGCCCCUCCAGAUCGACUGUCUGGCGGCCUGGGAUGAUUGGCUCCUUGUGGGGACCAAACCAGGUCAUCUCCUGCAGUACAGGAUCAAGAAAGAUGCAGGUACAAACAGGUUUGAAGUUACAUUAGAGAAAUCCAAUAAGAACUUCUCCAAGAAGAUUCAGCAGCUAUUUGUGGUUUCACAGUACAAGAUUUUGGUUAGUUUGUUGGAAAACAACAUCCACGUUCACGACCUGCUCACGUUCCAGCAGAUAACUGUGGUAUCAAAAGCUAAAGGGGCUACAUUAUUUGCCUGUGACCUGCAGCAGUCUGAAUCUGGUGAGGCUAAACUGCGCAUGUGUGUUGCAGUCAAGAAGAAAAUUCAGCUUUAUUACUGGAAGGACAGAGAAUUCCAUGAACUACAGGGAGAUGUCACUGCUUCAGACUUUCCCAAGUCCAUGGCGUGGUGUGAGAACUCCAUAUGCGUGGGUUCCAAACGAGACUACUAUCUGAUACGGAUGGAUGGACGUGGCUCAAUCAAGGAACUGUUCCCCACAGGAAAACAGCUGGAGCCUUUGGUGGCCCCACUGGCUGAUGGGAAGGUAGCGGUGGGUCAGGAUGACCUCACGGUUGUCUUAAAUGAAGAAGGCGUCUGCACUCAGAAAUGUGCCCUCAACUGGACUGACAUCCCUGUUGCUAUGGAGCACCAGCCACCAUACAUCAUUGCAGUGUUACCGAGAUAUGUGGAGAUCCGCACAGUCGAGCCCAGACUCUUGGUACAGAGCGUAGAGCUGCAGAGACCACGCUUCAUCACCUCCGCGGGGUCAAACGUUGUGUACGUCGCUAGCAAUCAUUUUGUCUGGCGUUUGGUGCCGGUGUCUAUAGCCAGCCAGAUACGGCAGCUGCUACAGGACAAACAGUUUGAACUGGCUCUUCAGCUAGCGAAAAUGAAGGAUGAUUCAGAUACAGACAAGAGGCAACAAAUCCAUCACAUUCAGAACUUGUUUGCAUUUAACCUGUUCUGCCAGAAGCGCUUCGAUGACUCCAUGCAGGGCUUUGCUAAGUUAGGGACAGAUCCCACUCAUGUUAUUGGACUGUACCCAGAUCUGCUUCCCUCUGACUACCGCAAACAGCUGCACUACCCAAACCCUCUGCCCCCUCUCUCUGGAGCUGAACUGGAAAAAGCCCACCUCGCCCUCAUAGACUACCUGACACAGAAACGCAGUCAUUUAGUGAAGCAGCUGAACGACUCUGACCCGUCGACCACCUCGCCGCUCAUGGAAGGAACGCCCACCAUCAAGAGCCGCAAGAAACUCCUGCAGAUCAUCGACACAACCCUGCUCAAAUGUUACCUCCAUGUGUAUCUGUCGCUGCUGCGCAUGUAUCUGUCUCCUCCCGAUGUACAUUUUCUGGGGCCCAUUAAGAUGGAGUUAUGCGAGCCACAGGCAAACCUCCAGGCGGCGCUGAACGUCCUUCAGCUUCACCACAGCAAACUCAACACCACCAAAGCCAUAAACCUGCUGCCAGCCAACACGCAGAUCCGAGAGAUCCAGGUGUUUCUGGAGAGCGUGCUGGAGGAGAAAGCUGGACGCAAGCGCUUCGACCAGGUCCUGAAGAGUCUCCUACAGGCCGAGUUCCUGCGGGUGCAGGAGGAGCGUAUCUUUCACCAGCAGGUGAAGUGUGUGAUCACAGAUGAGAAGACCUGCAGAGUGUGCAAGAAGAAGAUCGGAAACAGUGCCUUUGCCAGGUAUCCAAACGGUGUGGUGGUUCACUACUUCUGCUGUAAAGAUCGCAGCACGUGUCCAGCAGAGUAACAGCAGAUAGACUCCAGACCGACCCGAAGGAAAUCUCUCUUUCUCUCUCUGUCCACUUUCUGUCUGGACCUCGUUUUACCCUAAAACGCCAAAGACCACUCGUCAGUCUGGUCUCGUUAAUCAUCUUCCAGAAACUAUAAAGACAAUUCAGAUUUGCAAGCUUGCCUAAAUGCAUAACACGGAUUGGUAGCUUUCUCCUCCCCCUGAGGAAACCUGUGUGUGCGGUUUACUCACAGUGCACCUUUUCAUCCAACGUGACGCUCUUUGUCUGAUGCCUUUUAGUGUUUGCGCUCACCUUCAGGCUCACAGGACUGUUCUUCUGCGCCGCUCGGCUUCACUUCAGAUGAAAUCAGACACCAGAUACAAACCUUAAUGUAGCCCGUCUACACAGAGGGCAGCUCCGACACACACUGUGGAAAAAAUAUCCAUUACUUAAAGGGAUAGUUCACCCAAAAAUCGAAACGGUUUCUUUUUUGAUGGAUGCUGGUUGCUUGACUUCCAUAGUAGGAAAUCAAAUACAAUGGAAGUCGAUGGCUGUUGUUUUCCAGCAUUCCUCAGAAUAUCUCCCUUUGUGUUCAGCAGAGGUUUGGAGGAAAUGAAGGGUGAGUAAAUAAUAGAAUUCAAGUCAAAACUUUUUUUUUUUUUCAACAUUCUUCAAAAUAUCUUCAUUUUUUUUUAACAGAGGUUUAGUGAAGGGUAAGUAAAUGAUGACCGAAUUUUCAUUUUUGGGUGAACUGUCUCUUUAAACAGUUUCUGUAUUUUGUUUAUUUGAGGAUGCUAAUUGCAUUAUGGGAGCUUGAUUUCUGCUCUGUCGACUAUUGAUGUUGACAAUUUAACUCUGUGGUUUAACAAAGUUACAGUUAUUGACAUCAGAAAACGACAGAGAAGUACUUUGAUCAGUUGUUAUAUUGUAAUUGUAACACUGAUAUAGAUAAUAUUUGACUUCAAACUAUUAAAAAUGUCAAUAAAAUCACUUUUUUCAACAUCUGAAGUUGUUGGUUGAAAGAUUGAGGUCCGAUAAUAGAAUUCAAAAGCAUCAAUAAACAAAAGCAAAACAAAUAGGAGGAAAAGAAAUCAAAUUUCUGGAUGUUUUUACUGAGCAUGGAAGCUUGCAGAUCCAUUAUGUUAGCAUUUAAAGGGACAGUUCACCCAAGAAUCAACAUUUUCUCUCACACAAAUAGUUUUUAAUGAAUUUCUGUUGAACACAAAAGAAGAUAUUCUGAAGAAUGUUGAAAAAAAAAUGCGUAUAUAAAAAUACUACACCAGUCAGUGGUUGUUUUUUCAGCAUUCUUCAGAAAAUCUUCCUUUGUGUUCAACAAGAAGAAAGAAACCAGUUUGGAACAAGCGGAGGAUGAGUAAAUAAUGACAACAUCUUCAUUUCUGGGUGAACUAUCCCUUUAAUAAAGCAAUUAAAACCGGUUUGUGUGUCUGAAUGAGGAGCAGAGCAGCGACUCCACAAUCUCAGUAUUGCGACACAUUUUUUAAAAAUUCUUUGUGUUACUUGAGUGGCUUUUAUUUAUUAUUAACACACCGUCUAAACGUGUCGAGGAAUGUUUCACCUAUGUGUGCAGUUGUGUGGCUCCCUAAUGCGUCUGUCUCAUUAACACUCAUGCUUUCUGUCCACUGUAGAGCACGAGCUGGACUGUUGCUCGAGAGAAAGCUCACUUGCGCUACACGGAUGCGAAUGUAUAGACUGUUCAUUUAAAUCUGAGCUGGAAGACCAAUCUAAUAAAGGUUUCUUCUCUUA